ACUUUUUCGUCAGUUGUCCAUUGGGUGCGCGAGGAUAUACCUACGUCGCGGUCGUUAGUUCAUCCACGUUCUACAGCCGACGACUGUCAGUGGUGCGGUGAUUUAUGAGAUCCGAUCUUUAUGAUAAAUGGACUUCUGGAUGUCGAGCGCUCUUCGAUACUUUCCAUUCGAAGCGUAUUUCGAUCAUUGGGUUAAACUACCAUGUCGGGUAGUUGCAUACGAAGCCAAUCGGGAGUCGAUACGCAUAGUUACGUACAAAUGAGGAAGCCGAUUAAUCAUUUUUGCGGAUAGGGAAAAAGUCUUAUGGACAGAAGCAACAAAUGGCAAUAAAUACAAAUCGUCUGUAAACAGACAAUAUCAUUAGCUUCUAUUUGUACUCGCAAAAAAUGUCGAUGAAUGAAUCAGCAGUUAAUAAAAUAUUUAUAAACAUGGCAAAAUAAUUUUUUUAAAUUUAUUAAUAAAAAAUCGACUUCUUAUGUUUGCAAAGAAUUUUGUUACAUUUAAGUUAUCGCUUCAAUGAUUUCAGAUCAAAUCUAAGUAAUUCAUUUACCUUCGUAACAUAAUAAUAAUAAUUUGUCGCCACAAUGUAAACAGGCGAUUUAAUGAGAUGACAAAAAAUCUGACGACUAUCAAACUUAUUUACCACUUCUGUAUAAUAAAAUCGUCUUCAACGCAAUCUGAAUAAAACCUCAGACUGGUUCAGAGCUCAAGGAUAGAAAAUUAUACGGCCAAACGUAAUGAAGGCUAUGUCGUAAUUCGCAGACGGCCUUAAAUGUUUGUGCAGCGAAACGCUCGUAAAUAAAUUUAUUAUGGUUUUUUUUUCUUUUCUUGCGACUCAACUCGUUUCUUUCUUUCUUUCUUGUUAAUCAAGACAAUCCGGUUCUCUCUUCUCGCCUUGGAUAUGUUUCGCGAACAAACUAGCUAGCCUUAGUCUCGAUCUUCGACAAUGAGGAAGGAACGUCGAAGAGUGGCGAAAGAGAGCGGGAGAGAAACGCCGUUCUAGCAACGAAUUUCGGGCUGAAUAUUCUCAUCAGUCGUCGACGGGGAGCGCGACUGUGUCCGCAGUUUUGUUGUAUCGGCUUUAUGUAAAUGUUCGCAGUGGUGCAGUGACCUAAAGAUAUAUCUAUAUUGUCUUUUCGCACACGUUUCUUCAUUGAGUUUUUUUUAUUGAGAGAAUAUCCUCUCUUCUCGUUAUCUAUAUCCUCAUUUAUCUAUAAUUAUUAUUUAUAUCUGUCGUGCUAUAAACGUCAAAUGUAGUAAUUAACGUUAAAUGUAGUGAUUAACUCUCUUGGAUUUGAUGCAAAUCAUUAAUUGGUGCAAAAAAACUUGGAUGUAUAAUUUAAUAUAUAUGUGAAGAUUAUUCGUGUAAAAAUAAAUAAGACGGGAUAUAGCAUAAUUGCAACACGCGUUUUGAUAGUUGAUCUAAAAUAAAACUUCUUAUUUCAGCUUGAAAAAUCUCCAAGACUUUAUAAGUUAACGAUAUUUAAAAAAUUGCACGCAUUGCAAUACUGAAUCGAAUUGCAUAGAGUUGAGUUCAUCGAUUAAUUUGUAUUAGAAUUAUUUCUGUAAAAAAUUUUGAGACAUAUCCUACAAUUUAAAAAAGUUCAUUCUAUCUGUUUGUAUUAUAUAAUCCAUUUCGAAGCUACAAAAAGAAUCUCUGUGGUGAAAUUGUAUGGUAGAAUAUGAACAGUAAUUUUACUUUCAAUUUCAGUAAAAAAAAAAAAGAUGCGUGAUUCCGUUGAUAUAUAUCACGCAUGUAACAUGUAACUGAAUUAAAUUUGUGUUAUAAUGUGAAAAUUAUAUAAAUUUCUACGUAAUAUUAUAAUGAAAUUUCUAUGUGAUAAUGAUCUCAUAAUAGAGAACGGAAAUGACAAUAUUAGGCAAAUGUGCUUAAUUUCAUAUUCUCUAUUUCAUUGAUUUUUACUUCUCAUGAACACCUCAUGAUUUUUAUUCAGAAUAUAAUAUAUAAUUUUUUUAAAAUAUAUAAAUUUUUCAAAUUGGUACUUAUUAUAAACUAUAUGAGCUGAUUACAUAACUUUUAAUAAAAAUUAACAUUAGUCAUAAUCACACAAACAUAUUUAAAAUAUUUUGACAGUUAAUGAGUGACAGAUAGCCUCAUUAUUUACUAUGAUUAAUCAUUACGCAUGAUUAAACUUCAAAUUUAAUUUUCAUAAUUCAUUCAUAAUGUCUCGCGAAAAUUGAUUUAUGAACGCCUUUGUGAAGAUUAAAACUGGAAAAGAUGUACCUCAAAAGGAUAACCAAACAACAAUUUAACUUUCGAUUUUGUUUAUAGAGUUCAAACAUCUUCCUUUUUUACCUUCACGGUCAGCUUUCUCCGCGCAACUCUUUCAUUUUAUUAUCCUCGAAGCAUUACUUAGCUCGAAGCUUGAAAGCAGCAAAGAGUCAUGAGUUGAACUUAAAAAAAUUUUUCUCUCAUUUAUUGGUAGAAAUCUAUCAUAUAUCUCUCUUGUCAAUCGAUCGCUGAAUAGACAUACAUCUCGUGCUACUUAAUAAUUUGCGCGAUUUAAUUGGCAUACUUUUGUUUUAUUAAGAAGCUUAAUUGUUCAUCUGUAAAUAUUUCACUCAAAAUCUGUCAAUUUUUAAAGCUCACGGGGAAUAAAUGUCGUCACCGCCUGUUAUUGUCGUAUAACAACGUUGGUAGGCGAUGUAUUCUCCAAAAUCCACUUAUCGUCACGUGGCCACUCCGGCCACGUAUAUUUUACGAUGUCUCGUGGUCGUAACAAUGGUCGUAGCUGCGGCAACAUUUUUACAUAUUAACAAUUACAGGCCUAAACAAACAUUCCUUUCCUGCGAUAGGCCGUGUCAUCACUUGGAAUGGCCUAUGAUCUGCCGGGUGAAACUCACAUUAGAAGUCUUCCAAUCACUUAGCAAAUCAUGCGGCGAUUGUCCAUUGAAUCAGACCGCCUGCUUGGCCAAGCAUUGCGUUUCUGCGGAUGGACAGAGACGAGGCAUCCUUACGGCCAAUCGUGAAAUGCCAGGACCCAGUAUUCAGGUUUGUGAAAACGAUAUAUUAGUAGUGGACGUCAUUAAUCGUCUUCCGGGUAAAGCAGUAGCGGUGCAUUGGCGUGGACAAACGCAAAUGGAAAUGCCUUACAUGGAUGGUGCACCGUUGAUCACGCAGUGUCCGAUACCGAGUUACACCACUUUCCAAUACAAAUUUCGUGCUUCCAUACCCGGCACACAUCUCUGGCAUGCACACGCAGGCGCUGACGUCACCAAUGGCAUUUUCGGAUCAUUGAUCGUGAAGCAGGCUGACCUUCGGGAGCCCCAUCGCGCCCUUUACGACAUCGACGACCCUAAUCACGUAAUUCUGGUGACCCACUGGCAGCAUUCGCCGGAAGUAUCGUUUAAUCAGGGUCACACGAAACCGGCGAUUCUUCUGAUCAAUGGGAGAGGUCGUCAGCCUAGCGGACCCACGGUUCCCCUAGACACGUUCACGGUCAUCCCGGGACGACGUCACAGAUUCCGCGCCGCCAAUGCCGGAGGCGCCGGUGCAUGUCCGGUGACGCUUUCCAUCGACGGUCACACGCUUCUCUUGAUUGCGCUUGACGGACAUCCCAUCGAGGCGCGACAAGUUACCUCGAUCACAUUAGCAAAAGGUGAAAGGGCGGAUUUUGUUCUCAAAGCGAGCAAACGCGUCGCUUCCUAUUGGAUGAACGUGCACACGGCGAAGGAAUGCGGAACGAGCGCGAUAAAUGGCGCGGCCGUGAUCAACUACAAAGGCAGCGGUUCGGAAAUUCCGGCGACAACGGCGGAAACGAUCGAUCGGCAGGAUAUCGACGAGAUAGGGACGAACCGGUUGGCCAUGACGACAAAUCCUGCGGAGAAGUGUGGCGGGCAGGAAAGCCUCUGCGUCAUGGAUAUCCAGAAUAUGCGCAAAAUGCCACGAGCCCUGGCUAUGCCUCGCAUGGACGUGACGAUGUAUCUGCCGAUUAAUUACAAGAUGCAAGCAACGGAACUGAUAGGUAACAGCGGAACGGAAACGCGAGUGUUGAACGUGGACAACGCCACUUUCACGUAUCCGUCGUCGCCGCUGCUGAGCCAGGGUGGCGAUGUGUCGCCGGACAUGAUGUGCACCAACCACGAUGACGCCAACGAUGACGCUCGCAAUGAUAACAACGACACGUUGCUGCGACCUCGAUGCCGUCCGGUCGUCGGCGGCGGCCCGGGUGACAUGUGCGAGUGCGUACACGUGCGUCGCGUUCCGCUCGGAGCGACCGUCGAGAUAAUUCUCCUGGACCAGGGCGGUCUAGACGAUCUGGUUUAUCACUUACACGGCUACAGUUUUUACGUGGUGAGCGCAAGACAAUUCGGGCGAAGUAUGUCGCUGCAGGAAGUGAAGAAACUCGAUGAGAGGAAGCAACUGUUUAUGAGAAAUCUCGAUUGCGCGCCUGUUAAGGACACUAUCGUCGUACCUAAAUUCGGUGCUGUGGCGUUGCGAUUUAAAGCCGACAAUCCGGGUUAUUGGAUGUUGCGUGAUGAACAUGCGGCUGAUUGGACUCGCGGUUUGGACGUUGUUCUGCAAGUCGGAGAACCAAGCGACAUGAUAUCCGCUCCACAGGACUUUCCUAAGUGCGGAUCCUUCAUCGGACCCGACUAUUUCCUUAUGUAGACUGUUAUAAUCGCUUAAGCUUAAAAUGUAUAUAAUUGUAUAUAACGAGAUAGCGUUCCACCUACGUGGACUAAAAUUUACAAUUUUUUAAUUAAUAAAAUAUCGAAUUAUACAUCGACCUAUACAUAUAAAAAUUGUACUCGUCAAUUUCGAAUAAUAACCUUUCACCGUAUUUUCUUCUAAAUUCUCGCAUUGUAGAGACUUUUCAGCGGAAACUUGAUUAAAUGCCAUGCACACACACACACAAUUUCUAAAACUUUCCUAUUUUGAACUUUAACUAACUCGAUCUAACUUUGUGAUAAAUAAAUUGUUCCAAGAAUCUCUGUUAUUAAAGUGUAAUAUAUAACUUUAUAAAUUUCAAGUUUUAAUAACUGAGAGUUUCGAGUUACUCGGGUUAUCAUAAUUAUAAAAGAAACAUGUUUUCAGAACAUCAAACUAAAAUUCUAGCACGCGAUUUUCAGCCUUACAUGAUAUACAGAGUGUCCCAACCUUACUGUACCAUACAUUUAUGGGAGACUCCUAAAGUUAUUUGGAGACGAUUUUUCCUGAGCGAAACAUGUUGAGGAAGGUCAUUUUUUAAU